CAUCUUGAACUCUCGAUAGCAUCGAUAGCGUUGGUGGUUCGAUUCAUCUCCAAGGUCGCCGGAGAAGAAUUCGGCUCCGAAUUUAAAGGCCGAGAUCUCCGAAAGUCCAUGGAGCCUCCAUGAUACAAGGCAGCAACACAGUCAUCAGCUUCGGUGUCGCAAGUGAACCUGAUAUAAACUUGAGGUAGAAGAACAUAUUUGGAUACAUACUCACCACAUUUGAAGUUCACUCCUCCGUCGGAUUCCAACCAAAUUCUUCACCAAACAUCGAGUAUCAAACACCAUUCCGAACCAUCAAUAAGCAACACUAUUGAGCCUGUUAUGCAUUCAGCACUUGUCACUGUCUGGGGUGAAGCACCAAAGUACACUCAGGUGCCAGUUCCUUCGCCUACUACAGACGAGGUUUCGAUCAAAGUCAUUUGCUCCGGCCUGCACUUCGUGGUCCGCUCUCUCGCUACCGGCAACCACUAUGCUUCUGGAAUACUGCCCCAUACUCCUGGCGUGGACGGUGUAGGUCGCCGUCUUUCCGACAACAAGCUCGUCUACUUCAUCAGCUUCCCCGGAGGUGGCUUCCAGGAGAUCAUAAACGUUUCUGGCAGAAAGAUGGCAGAGCUACCUGAUGGUGUCGAUCCGUAUCAAGUUGCCGGCUAUGCCAAUCCAGUACUCUCCAGCUGGAUGGCGCUCAAGGCUCGUACGCACGAAUUGACCGAAAACUUCACAGUACUCGUCAUGGGCGCAACCAGUGCCAGCGGCAAGGUUGCUGUUGAAGUUGCAAGAGUUCUAGGCGCUGGCAAGGUCAUUGGAAUGUCGCGUAACGCAGAAACGCUGGCCGAAGUUGGUGUCGACGAGACGAUCAUUCUUCAAAACGACAUUUCCACCACGGAUUGUAGCGCCGCAGCUGGAGCAGAUGUUAUCCUCGACUACCUCUACGGACCUGUCGCACAGCACGUACUCUCCACCGUCAGCUUUACGCGUGCAGUACAAUACAUCCACAUUGGAGGUCUCGCAGGCACAGAAAUGAUGCUGCCGGGCAGCGUUCUCAGGUCCAAGAACCUCACCAUCCGCGGAGCAGGCCCAGGUAGCUGGUCACGCGAAGCCAUGAGACCAGAGAUUCCCAAGAUUCUGAACGCGUUCAAGACUUUCAAGACACAGAAGGUCAAGGUCGUGCCUCUAAGCCAGAUCGAAGAGCACUGGCAUAACAAAGAUGAGCGCAUCGUCUUUACACCUUGAUUGAAUUGCCACAUCUCUACUAUCUGGCCAUCUUGUGUCAUCGUUCUUAUUGCGUGGGAGGCAGGUUAUAUGCUACUGUGGCUUUUGCAAAGUAUCAAAGACACAAAUGUAUCUUCCGAUCAAUCGAGUGCCUACUUUACUGCAACUCCUAUUUCAAAUAUCUGUGACGAG